AUAGAAAGUAGGAAAGCAUUGGAAGUAUUGAAUCCCCAUCACUUCAGCUUCUGAUUGCAGCUUCCAAGACUUCUUAUCAAUAAUUAUCAGUAACCAACACAUGCAUAUCAAGAUGAACUUUGGCUCCUAGUAGUAAAUCUGCGGGACUGUACCCUAACAGUAAAACCCUUGAAUUCCAGUGCCUUCUCUAAGAGAUGGAGCAUGGCCCAGUGCAUGUCCACUGAGAAUUCAUUCUGCUGAAUUCUGUGGGGCUAAACCCAGGUUUUGAAAAGAACCAGGAAGCAUGAAGAUCAAACGUUUUGCUCUGCUGUGUGUCUUCAUGAUGUUCUCUCAGCUGCUGCAAGCUGACAGUGAAACAGUGAAAGAGAGAGGAAGAGAGAGACCAAAUAACAGCAGAGGGGGAAGAGCCCAGCCUGGGCCUAAUAAGAAUGCCAGGGGCCAGAGAAACCGAGGACAAAACGGUUCUCACAUGAAGGGGAAGUUUACCACCAAAGAGAAAGCUGAGUGCUCCUGGAAUGUAAAUGAGAAAGAGACCGUUCUGCUAACAGUGGACUGCAAAAACGGGGACAAUGACUUCUCCUGUGCAUUUUCUGGCAGCCCUUCUACCUGCCAACGGUAUGCAGAAAACAAGAAGGUCUUCUGGAAGGAGAUCACUCGAUCCCUAAAGAAGCAGAAGAAUCUCUGUAAGGACCCCAAGGCUCUCUUAAAAGCUAAAGUCUGUAAGACCGGGCCACCAACCGCCCAUCUUAGGCUGGUUAUGGAUGCCAGGCAGGAGACACCCAAGCAGCCAGAGAAAGGAUCCAGCGACUGUGUGGAAGAAGUGGAUUACAUGGAUCAGAAGAAGGUGGCUGAAGAAUACUGCUCUGAGACGUGGCAGCCUCUUUGCUACUUCCUUGUUUCAAUGAUACAGGAUAAAAAGUGCAGUUAGAAAGGCAGGGAGGCUGGCCGAAGGCCUCGAGUUACUGUGGGCACAACUGUCUUGCAGACAGUAUUCAGAACAAAUAUUCUGAAGUGUCCUCUGAUGCAUCCAGUCAACCAUCACUUGGAGAAGAAAAUGCAACGUGUUUCCUUCUUUUGCUGAAAAAAAUCUGGCUGUAACCAUUAAU